GUCCGCCGUGAAUAACGUCGCCCGCGGCUCAGUUAACUCCGCCGCGGGCCAGGCCGCCCGCCCGCGAAACCAAUUUUAAGUCUUAAUUCGAACCGCGUUGUGAUACCUGUGACUACCUUAAACCUCUAGUGUCUUCAGCCUUCACUUUACGCACGUAGAAUUUUUAUAUCCACGUCCUGUUAGUAAAUAUUUAUACACGUAGUGGCCUUGUUCGUUAUCUCACACUGGUGAAAGCUUUCAGUAUAAUUGAUACAUGUUACGAGUUUUCAAAUUCUAUUUUCUGAAUGUUAUCUGUGUAUUAAUGUGCCUUAUCGCGUAGUGUUUGUUGGAUAGUGAAGUGUUUCGAGAUGCAGCACAAAUAUCUGUUCUUAUUUACUAUAGUUAUCUUACUAGAGCCGGUCCCCGCAUGGAGAUCUGAUACUGUUAAAGAAUGGGCCAGAACAUUGGGCGACGAAUUAUGGAGGCUUAGCGAGUCUCUCACGAAAUCGGAUCAAAUCAGGAUUAAAUAUAAACAAAUGAAUGCCAGUGUCAAGAAAAAAGACGGAGGACAGAUUUUAGAAUCUUCAUUGCGAUCUGUCAGUACUAUGUUAACGAGGAAAAUCAACGCUGUUAAGUGCAUUCACGCGACAGCCGAGCGUCUUGCAUCCGAGUUUAAUGUGACCGAAGCAAAUAAUGAUUCAUUCAGUUAUUGCUCAGCUAAAUAUUCUAAUUUCUUUUACGAAGAUGGUAAUGAGCUAGAGAGAACAGAAGAAGUUCCCAAAUUUGCCAGAGACAAUCCACAUUAUAUAAAUGUUACAUUAGAAAAGGAUUCACAUUUUUAUGACAUCGACACAAAUACUAACAUGAGUUGUAUACAUGUUCCUACUAAUAUUUAUUAUAAAGAGGAAGACGCAUUAAAGGCAAUACUCUGGUCGAAGGGGCUUAAUGAAAUAUUUAUUAAGAAUUAUAACUCCGAUCCAUCUUUAGUGUGGCAAUACUUUGGAAGUUCGCAUGGAAUACUACGUUUCUACCCCGGAAUGCCUUGGAUCAUGCACGAAGCUGAUACGUACGAUUGUCGAGUGAAAUCGUGGUACAUAGAAGCCGCGACCUGCUCUAAAGAUGUCAUAAUCUUAUUCGACGUCUCUGGUUCUAUGACUGGAUUUAAGAACUAUGUCGCACGGAGAACUUUGCAAUCACUUCUAGCCACUUUGUCGAAUAACGAUUAUGUAAAUGUGUAUACGUUUAAAGCGAAUACAUCGGAAGUAGUUUCGUGUUUCGUAGGCUUAGUACAAGCUACGCCGGAGAAUUUGUCAACAAUAAGUGACACGCUAGAGCCGACUGACGGUGGGAAAAAACACAAGGUGCCUCUGGGAGGAAACGCCAACCUCACCGAGGCGUAUAUAAAAGCUUUUACAACUUUGAAAGAGAGACGUCACCAUUGCAAUGUGACUAGUGCUCAAGGGUGCAAUCAGUUGGUGAUGGUAAUAACAGACUAUGUUCCUGGAAAUCUUACCGAGGUCUUUGAAGAGUACAAUCGUGAGACGGUUGAUGGGAAAACGUACAUACCUGUCCGAGUAUUCACUUACCUAAUCGGCAAAGAGGUCACAAAUGUUAGGGAAAUACAGUGGAUGGCUUGUUUAAAUAGAGGUUUUUUCGUGCAUAUACAUUCUGUAGAAGAGGUUCAACAGCAGGUGCUAAAAUACAUCAACGUCAUCGCUCGUCCCAUGAUUUUAGCAGGGGAGGAACCACCACCCACUUGGACUCAUGCCAACAUUGACUAUACAAGAACUGAGAAAUGGAAUGUGAGCAACGAUGUUUCAACGCCCGACGAGGACAAGUUAGUGACAUCGGUUGCGAUUCCAGCAUUUGACUACAACUACAAUGAGAAUCACAAUGAUGCAAGAUUGCUGGGAGUUGCUGGUACAGAUGUGCCUAUAGACAGCAUCGCCAAGUUAGCCCAACCACAUCAGCUUGGAGUCAAUGGUUAUUCAUUCAUUGUGAGCAAUAAUGGAUAUCUUCUAUUGCACCCGUUCUUAAUUAUUACGAUAAAUAAUGAACUCCAAGAGAACUAUAACAGCGUGGAUUUCGUUGAAGUGGAACAAGUGGAUGAUGGUAAGGGUCCUCGAGAACUUGGAGACCAGAUCAAGCAGUUGAGAGAGCAUUUGGUAAAUGGUACUGACGGGAAUAUGACCAAUGUCAAGGUGCUGUUUCAUUAUGACAAUAUGAGGAGAAUAGCUCGCGUGAAACACGAUUACUUCUUUAAUAAAUUAGAGGGUACGCCAUUCUCUAUGGGUAUUUCGUUGCCUAUGGGAUAUGGGGACACGGAAUUGAUGUUGAAGGACAAUCCCUUAGAAGCUAAACAGGGUCAAGAACUUAUUGGUGUCAAUGUAACCAGUUACUUCAAUUUUACUUAUCGAGUUCAUCCUGACUGGGUUUACUGCAAAUAUCAUUAUUUAGAAGGACAUGAAUCGGAAGACUUUGAAGUUGAGAUAUUUAAGUUCCUUGUAAAUCUUUCCAAGAACAAAAUUGAUAUUACAAAGAAACAAUAUGGCGAUGAAACGCAGGAUGUGCCGUUUAAUAUUGAAACUCAUUGCGGUACAACACCAUUAGGCAAAGACGAUUAUUACUGUAAUGAAGAUUUGGUCAAGCAGUUGGUGUUUGACGCGAAAUUAUCCAGUCCAUACUUCAGACAUUGGGACGCCACGCUAGAGGAAAGGGAAUUAGCUAAGAAAUACAACGUCAGUGUACGUUUUAUAGCGACAUCUAGUGGACUAACACGGUGGCAUUAUAUAUUCGAUGAUGACAAGAAUGAGAUCGUCAAUGAAAAUGGUUUUAGAAAGAAGAAAUUUAAGGGCGAAGUAUUCGGCGACAAAUACCACAAUGCAAUAGAAGAGACCUGGUACAAAGCUGCAGUGCUGCAGCACAUGAUAAGCAAAGAAUCUUUAGUGAUUGCCACACCGUUGCCUAUAUUAGAUACAACUAUUUCUACUCGACCCUCAGUACAAAAUAGCGAAGGAGAUAUAACAAUAACAGCCAGUUACGCAAUUUUCUACAAAGACGGAGAUUCUGAAACGCCUGCGGGAGUCGUUGGGUUCCAAUACUUGCAUUCCAACUUCCUUGAAGUAUUUCAGGAUAUUACUAAUAGGGAUGGAGAUGAGCUGACGUGUAACAAGGAUGGGAAAUAUGACUGCUACUUGAUCGAUAGUUCGGGAUACAUUGUAGUAUUGGUUGACGAGAAUGACGACAAUUCUGUUGGUGACUUUUUCGGUCGCGUCCAACCUUUGGUUCUUCAAUCGUUCAUACAUAAGAAAAUUUUUGAAUAUGUAGAAGUGUUCAACUAUCAAGCACUCUGUCCCAUAUCAAUGAUUAAAGUUCCAAAUUGUGCUUGGUCGAUACGGGGUUCGAUAUUUGAUGUUGCGUCAAACUUAUUCAAAUGGUUGUUAACUGAGGCCUUCCUAAUAUUAUUUGAUUUUGCAAAUUGGAAAAAUCAUUUGUAUGCAGCUACAAUUGAACCUUAUGUGAGCGACACAAUGGAGGCAACCACCCCCUACCCCGAAACAAACAAUGAAAACAAAACCAUAGAAGCCAACGAUGAACCAGAAGGCAAACGUUUCUUCUCUUGCGACCACAGCAUUAAGCUGUACAUUCUGAAUCAGUCAUACUUCCUCAACUCAAUGAUACUAUCACCUGUCGUGUACGAAGAAAGUGUUGGAGACUGUCAUCCGCCAUAUUGGGCAACUUUAGUCCCGAAGACAAAUUUAAUGCUGGUGGUCGUUGAACGCGGCGCGUGGAAGUUUGAUAAUUGCACUAUGCCACCAAACACAAUUCCUGUGCCGACAAUAGAUUCUACAACGAGCAGGGAGCCUUGUCAUAAACUGGAUUUGGGAGCGCUUCCGAGGCGAAGACUAGAGGGCUGCUUCACGUAUCACGAUAAGGAAAGAAACAUAACAGCAUGCGGAGAGGGAUGCAUUGCGAAAGUAAACGUUGUUUUCUUUAUAGUGACUGCACUGAUGUCUUUAAUAAACUUAAAACUCUUCACGUGAUACUGAAUUUCGACUUAUGGUACUAAAUAUAUUUUGUACCUUUCCUAUUUUCACAAUAAAAUGUAUUUA